UUUUACCGCUGGUCGGAAGGAGGGAGCGGUCGGCCAUCUUGAAUAGAAUGACUGAUCAGUGACCGCUAUAGUGUUGCAAAGCUCACUGAAUAACAGAGCUUUGUGGCUACGGUUCUUUGGGCGAUUCCGGCCCGGUUUUGUGGCAGUUAUACAGUCACCUGAUUUCUCGCCAUGGCGCGUGAACACUGAGAGAGAGCGCCACCAUGAUCGGAGGACUUUUCAUCUACAACCAUAAGGGCGAGGUGCUGAUCUCACGCGUCUACCGCGAUGACAUCGGGAGGAACGCGGUGGAUGCGUUCCGAGUUAACGUGAUCCACGCACGCCAGCAGGUCCGCUCGCCCGUCACCAACAUCGCACGGACCAGCUUCUUCCACGUCAAGCGCUCCAACAUCUGGCUGGCUGCUGUCACCAAGCAGAAUGUUAACGCCGCCAUGGUGUUCGAGUUCCUCUACAAGAUGUGUGAUGUCAUGACCGCCUACUUCGGCAAGAUCAGUGAAGAGAACAUCAAAAACAACUUUGUGUUGAUCUACGAGCUGUUAGAUGAGAUCCUGGACUUUGGGUACCCACAGAACUCUGAGACCGGAGCACUGAAGACCUUCAUCACUCAACAGGGCAUCAAGAGCCAGCAUCAUACUAAAGAAGAGCAGUCUCAGAUCACCAGUCAGGUGACCGGACAGAUCGGAUGGAGACGCGAGGGCAUCAAGUACCGUCGCAACGAGCUCUUCCUGGAUGUUCUGGAGAGCGUGAACCUGCUCAUGUCACCGCAAGGUCAGGUGCUGAGCGCCCACGUCUCCGGUCGUGUGGUUAUGAAGAGCUACCUGAGCGGAAUGCCUGAGUGCAAGUUUGGCAUGAACGACAAGAUCGUCAUCGACAAGCAGGGCAAAGGGGGCACUACUGACGAUGCAGGCAAGAGUGAGUUGGGAGGCAGUAGUGGGAAACAGUCUAUAGCCAUAGACGACUGCACCUUCCAUCAGUGUGUCCGACUCAGCAAGUUCGACUCGGAGCGCAGCAUCAGCUUCAUCCCACCGGACGGAGAGUACGAGCUCAUGAGGUACCGCACCACUAAGGACAUCAUCCUGCCGUUCCGUGUCAUUCCUCUUGUACGAGAGGUGGGGCGCACCAAGCUGGAGGUGAAGGUGGUCAUCAAGUCCAACUUCAAACCCUCACUCCUGGCACAGAAGAUUGAGGUGCGCAUUCCCACCCCGCUCAACACCAGUGGUGUGCAGGUGAUCUGCAUGAAGGGAAAAGCCAAGUAUAAGGCCAGUGAAAACGCCAUCGUGUGGAAGAUCAAGAGGAUGGCUGGCAUGAAGGAGUCACAGAUCAGUGCUGAGAUUGAGCUGCUGCCCACCAACGACAAGAAGAAGUGGGCCCGUCCACCCAUCUCCAUGAACUUUGAGGUGCCGUUCGCCCCGUCCGGACUCAAGGUGCGCUACCUAAAGGUGUUCGAGCCGAAGCUGAACUACAGCGAUCACGACGUGAUCAAAUGGGUCCGCUACAUCGGCCGCAGCGGCAUCUACGAGACCCGCUGCUAACGGCAGCCCCCUCCGGCUCAGUCAGGAGGAGAGACCGGGGCUGGGGAGGAGAGACGAGCAGACCGGAGGAGGAGGUGCAGAAGAGGCGUUCCCUUUAUCUCUCUCCCUCCCUUCCCCUCCUCCUCUUCUCCCUUUUUCUGUUUUCACACUGACGACGAAAAACAAAAGAGGAGAAAAAAAAAAUCCUAAUUGGUUAUUCAGAAAUAAUGUCCAGUGGAGAAAACGGAAACAAAAUAAGUCCAGAAAUCUUUGAUAAUACGAAAGAUGCAUUUCGCUUCAUUAUGCAUACCUUACCUGCUAAAAGACGAGGGCCCCCUUUCCAUCGGGCCCACCCAUUCUUCUUCCUCUUUUUAAGCAUUCCAGACCCCUCGCUGAUUGACUAAUGGGAGGAUUUAGGCUCAUUCUGUCUGUUUAGCGAUAAGCAGUGAACCUGUGCUUCUGUUCUCAGGCCUCAUCAGUGCUUCAUUUUCCUCUUUCUCUCCACAUCAUUUUCCGCUUGUGUGGUUGUACUUUCUGCUCUGGUGUAGUCAGCUAAACUCUACUCCCCUUUUUCUUUCAUUUUUAUUCAUAAGGGUUUUCUUUACUCUUUUUUUUUUUUUUAAUUAUUAUUAUUAAAUCCUAAUCCCACCCACCCCCUCCUCCAAAGUGUAUUAGUUAGCUGUUGUCCAUGUUUUGUAAGCAGUGUUUUAUUGUAUGCAUCAAUACUCUUGCCCCAACUCGUAUCACUUACCCCUCUGUCAGUACUUAGUUUUUCAUAUGGAUAAUACUGAGGAAAUGUUGUCCGCUUUGGUCUCUGAUGUUUCACUUUUAUCUGUGUGACCAAAAUUCUCAGAAAUGAGGAACUAUGAGCUUAAAAGUACUAUUACUAGAAUAAAUCCAGCUGUGUGUCUGUGUAUACAAACUCUAUACACCAUAAAGGGGUAAGAAGUGACCUGCCAGGCUGAUGUUUCAGCUUUGUGUCUGUAGAGGAGGUUUAUUCAGGCUGGUUUAUGUGUAUGUAUGUGAGAGAGACUGAGCCUCUGUAAGCAGAAGGUCCCCCAACAUCUCUCAGGUAAUCUCCUUCCCUCGAGCGUGCUAGCGUGUUUUACCAGGUUGUUUACCAGAUGUUUACGGCGGACCAGUGGGAUUCCUCCAGUGCACUGAUAUUUAUCUUCCCGUAUCCCCUCCCCUAGUUUACUCUUAAGAUUUCUAUGGCACAAAUGUGGAGGCACAGCAAUAAGUGCAGCUUUGAAGAAAUAAAAUAGGGUUUAUUGGAAUCUCUUCGGAACGAAAUCAGAGCUCCGCUUUCAAGGAAAGAUUUUCCAGAACCUCUUUUCAGUCCAGAGAGAAACGUUAGAAAGUAGCACUGAGCCGAGAUCUCUGCUUCUCUCACUCUGUCCUCUCGGAAAAACACUAUUCAAUAACGCAGGCAAUGUGUGAGAGCUUUCGAAACUUUCACCACGGUUAAACGGCACUCUUGGGGGGGGGGGGCAAAAAGUGCCGAGUUUCUCUCUAAUCUUAAAGCUACAGUGAUCCAAACAACACUACACACUCUCCGAAAAACGAUUCUCUUCACAUGUCCUGCACCUCUCUGAGAGAUGAUGAGGGUCCUGUGGGGCUUGAUCCCUCAGCUUCAGUGUGUACUCUUCAUUUGGUAACUUUGUGAUUUGUCCUGUUAAUCCUAAUAAAGAACCAAAAAAAUGAA